AAUACCAUCUUGCUUCUAAUUUCAUUUCGCACCUCAAAACACUCUAUCCAUUUUUCUUUCGUUUUAACUUGAAAAAAGAAAACCCUUCAAACUCCCAAGUAAUUAAGAAUCAUGGGUGUUAUCACUUAUGACUUUGAGGUAACUUCCCCAAUCUCUCCAGCUAGGCUUUUCAAAGCCCUUGUUCUUGAAGGUGAUAAGCUUUAUCCCAAAGCUGCCCCUCAUGCAAUCAAGAGUGUUCAGCUCCAAGAAGAUGGUAAGCUCGGAAGUAUCGUGAAGAUAAACUUUGUUGAAGGCCUUCCAUUCCAGUAUGUGAAGCACAAGAUUGAAGGACACGACAAAGACAAUUUUUCAUACAAUUACAGUUUGAUCGAAGGUGGACCUUUGGGGGACAAGAUGGAGAAAAUCAGGUACGAGAAUAAGUUCGUGGCAGCUGCAGAUGGAGGAAGCGUUUGCAAGAGCUUAAUGAAAUUUUACACCGUUGGGGACUAUGUAAUCACUGAAGAUGAAAUCAAAUCUCACAUUGGAAGGACCGAGGGAGUUUACAAAGCUAUUGAAACUUACCUCUUAGCUAAUCCUCAUGUUUGCAACUAAUAUAUAAGUUGAUGUGAUUUUGAUUUUUUUUUUUUGUCUUGAAGCCUAAAUUAUCUUUUGAUUGAACUAAUAAGAGUGGUGAUGAUCAACCUUUGAUCAGCUACAUUUUCAUCAUAGUGCAAGAAUUUUUGUUGUAUCAUCUUUGACAUGUAUAAUGAAAUGCAAAAAUGAAUAAGGGUCAUAUCUGGUAUAAUUUUAGAAA